UAAAAGGAACCUUAAAGUGCAAUUAUUUUUCAUAGUAAAGAAAAGUUGAUAUUUAUGAAUAUUUUGUAAUAUACAAAGAUAUUGUGGAAAGAAAAAAGUUUUAAUUUGUGAAAAAAGAGUUUAUUAAUUAAACUACAUAAAAAAUCAAAUAUAAAUUUUUUUUAAAAACGCGAGAGUGUAUAGGUUCAUACAGUACAUAUAUUAAAUUUUUAUAUAUUUCUUUAACAAAAAAAAAAGAAGAGAAAAAAUAACACAUAAGAAAGUGUAUAGGAAUUAAUAAAUGAAUAAAUGAAUACACUUGAAAGCUAAAAAAAAUUAUACACACCAAACCAGUCUUCUUUAUAUGUUUCUCGCUUUAGAAGAAAAAAAGGCUACGAAUGAGAAAAAAAUUAAGAAGUUAAGUUUAAAAAAAGAUCGAAUAAUAAGAAAAAAAGAGAAGGAGAAAAAAAAAUAAGAUAUAUAAGAAGAGAAUAACGAGAGAAGACAAGAUACAAGAAAGAAAUUAAGGAAAAAAAGAAGAAGAAUCAUCAUUAUAAUAUAAAAAAAAAACUAUAUAUAAGAAAUAGAAGAGAAGAGACAGUAUAAUAAUAAUAAGAAGAUAAAAAUGGCCUUUAACAAUACGAGCAGUGCUCAGUCACAACAAACAAAUCAGCUACAGCAAGGUGCCAAUGAUGAUGAUGCAUUACAGCAACAGCAGAAGAAAAAUAAUCUCAUUAUAUUGGUUGAUAAAGAUUCAAAUGACAAAUUGGAUGAAUUGUUUGAGAAGACUUUAAACAAUACAACGUCUCUUCAUAAGCCAUAUAAGAUGCGAAAGCUUCCUGCAUCGUUCUUUAAGCCUCCAUCGUCUGGUUCGAAAUCGCCUUCAGUUUCACAUUCACGUGAGAACUCGGCAGAUUCAGCAUUUGGAUCUGGUACGACAAUAUUGGGUGGCAAUAAUGGUUCUGGAAACCAAAGCAAUAAUUCUGCUCAUCAAACGACAAUAGUUCCCGCUUCAGCCAUCUCAAAUGGCCUUGCAAUUCAUCAUUCACGUGCACACAGCAGUCCCGCUAGUUUGGGAAAAUUGCCGUUGAAUAUUAAUAUAAAUUUGAGUGCCUUAAAUCUUGGAACAGUGACGCCAACAAACAGUAGCCCCAGUCCAAAUCAUUCAUCAACAAAUAUCAGUAACAAUAACAAUUCCAAUAAGACGACACUUGCAAGUGCUGUAAACAGCAACUCGAACGUUGCCACAAAUAAUAUUCUAAAUAGCACAGCUUCUAAUAAUCAAAGUAGCACUAAUAAUAAUUUACCACACAAUAUCUUGGAUAAAACAUUACACUUGCACAGUCGCGGACGUAGCUACGAUGUAUCGAAUUUGCAACAUCAAUUGCAAUUUAGUGAAUUGCCACCAGGCUGGGAGCAAGCUAAAACACAUGACGGAAAGAUUUACUACAUUAAUCAUAAUGAUCGUACAACACAAUGGGAGGAUCCAAGAUCACAGCUAGCCACCGCAGCAUUAUCACAUGGAAAUUUAUUUUCAUCUUCAUCAGAGCAUUCAAGUGUUGAGACACUCUUCAGUUCACCCACACAAAUAGCUUCAUUAGGAUCAUCGCAAAAUGUUAUCGAUUCACAAUCUCAAACCAACAUCAUAGCGCCGACACUAAAUCAAUUAGCCGGCAAUAACAGUACUAAUAAUUUGACUCCAUUAGAGUGGCCUUGGGAAGAAGGUCUUACGGAAAAUGGUGAGCGAUAUUAUAUUAACCACCUCACUAGAACAACUUCAUGGCGAGAUCCAAGAUUAUCAAAUCAAGAAUGGGAACAAAAUCUACGCAUUUAUAAUUUGCAAUUGGAACGAGAAAGAUUGAAGUCUCGCAGGCAGGAAAUUGCAAAAUUAAAUAUUGGAGAGGAUCCAUUUCUUCCAGGAAUUACUGACCAUACGCGGCAGGAAAGCGGAGACAGUGGUCUAAGCGUCUCAUUGUCACAUACACCUGAUUUCCUUUCCAGUAUUGAUGAUAGUAUGGAUGGACUUAGUGUUAGUGUGAAUGAUUCAACAAUGGAUAUAAUAUCGUUUAAUGAAGCGAUGGAAACACCAGAUGAAUUUAUGCUUAACGAUCCUCACUUGCUAGAGAAAAUUGAUGGUCUGAUAUGAGGAUAAUAAAGUGAAGGAGAGCAAAGAACUUUACAUCAAUCGGUGAUGCAAAAGUGCCUUAUCUAUAAAUUAUGAUAAUAAUAAUAAAUUUCAUUAAAUUAUAGUUUGAAUGCAUUGAAAAGAAAAUGAAUAAUUAACUUCAUGUUUACUUAAUUAUAAUUUAGGGGUUUUUCCAAUACAUUUUUUUCCUCUUGCGUUGCGUUUCGUUUAUGAUGUCAGAAUGAAUGAAAAUAGACAUGUCCAAAUUUGAACGAAAUAUUCUCGAGUAAGCAGAAAUGGCAUUUAUGGUCUAGUUAUUUGAUCUGUUAAAUGCCAUUACUGUUGACUCGAGUUUGAAAUGCAUUUAAGAAUGUGAGCCAGGAUGUUGAAUGGAAUUGCACAAGUUGAUAUCACAAAGGAGACGCAAAACAGAAGGAAAAUCGUAAUCAUAUCAAAGAAGAUUUUGUCAUAGCUCAAUAAUUAAAUUAACUAAAGUAUGCGCUAAAUCGGCAAAUUAAUUUUAAAAAAUUUUCCAUAUAGUCUUUGAUCAUUUAAAACGCAUUUAAUGAUUAUUGAGCGGAGUUUCUUUCUUUUUGGUUUGAGGAAGUUUCCUGUAAGCCAUAAUUUAUUCGUGAGUAAGUAUAAUUUACUUUUCAAUGUAAAUACUAUACACUUAUGUUGACAAGUGCCUUUUAUCAAUGUUUUUAAAAUAUAUAAAAAAGUGCCUACAAGGAAAUGAAAGAAAAAAAAAAUCAAAAUUCAAAAAGAAUUGUUAAGUUUAAGUAAUGAAAAACAUAAAAAUAACAAUAAUAAUAAUAAUACAACUAAGGUGUUGAAAAUUAUCUAUCUAACAAGGAAUGUGGAUCAUGUUUAUUACUAUUACUUUUAUUAUUUUUGAAAAAUAAUAUUUGACUAUCGCUUAAGAAAUGAAAAUUAUACGAAUUUGAUUUACGUUUACAUUUAAAGUAUGGCAAUAAAAAUUAAUUUAAUGAGAAAAUAUGAAAAUUAUGAAGUAUAGACAGCUUUUAGGUAAUAUAAAUUUUUUUUUAAAAAAAUUUCCUUUUCAUUUUUGUUUCACAUUUAAGUGUAUCUGAAAUGAAUGGGAAAAUGUGCCACAUAUUUUAUGCUAUAAUAUAUAUUAUUAAUAAUUCUUAACUUUAAUUGCACUUUAUAUGCAAAAAAAAACGAGAAUGUAAAUUAGGGAAAUAUUUUAUCCACUUAAUGAUCAUGACGAUAAAAAAUGCACAACUGCAAAAAUAGUAUUACACACUUAACAUUUUUAAAACAAAAAAACAAUCAAUGGAAAUAUCUUAUAUUCAAUCAAAGUAUACCAUAACUCUUAUUCUUCUUCAAUUUUUUUUUUAUAAGAUUAAAAACACAUUACUUAAUUGAUUUAAUUAUACAAAAAAAAAGAUAGCAAAUUCGGUGUUUAAUUCAGGGUAAAUUCUACGGUUAGGUAAUUUGUAGGGUUUUCAAAAAAUGUCUUUGAUAAAUCUUACAAAUUUGAAUUCAGCAGCUUCUAAUAGUUUAGUUUCUCCCCUGAGUUUGUUUCUUGAUGAAUUUUAGUACGACCAAAUCUAUUGAUAUAUUUCCAGCAGCAUUUAUUACGCUGUCUAUAUUUCAUCAUUUUUUAAUUUGUUUUUUGAACAAAAACAUGUGCGGAAAUCAAAAAGUGGUAAAAACAAGAAAGUCAAAAAUUAUUUUUCAAUGAUAAUAAAAAGCUUUGAUUCACAAAACAAUGUUGACGGAUAAUGACAAAGAAAACACAAUAUUUGAGUUCUUAGUUUCAAAAAAAAUUAAUAACGAAAACAAUGCCGUCCAAAAAAUAUGAUUUUGUCAUCAGAGAUUUUUUCCUUUUGUUUUUGAAGUAAAUCAGAAUCAAUCAGGAGCUUUUAUUACUUUGUAAGAUUACAAUGCAGUUUUUUUUUUCUUUGACGAAAUUUGUUCUUUAACAUGUUGCUUUUUCCUCUUUUUUAAAGCCUAAAAUGUAUUAUUAUAUGCGAAAUUUUUGUUAUUUCCAACGGAAAAUAAUUAUUUGAAUUUGAGAACCUUGCAAACAGACAAAAUUAAACUCAAAACCAUUCAACAGUUAAUUUGCUGACCUAAAAUGUCUUUCAACAGUUGAUCUGUUGAAAACCUUAUAACAGCAAAAACAGCUGAAUAUAAAACCACACAACAGCAAACUUUGCUGAAUUGAUCAAAAUUCAAAUUUAAUUUUUCCGUUCUCAAAAAUAAACUGAAUUUUCGCAAAUAAUUUACAUUAAACAAAGAAUGAAAAGAUGAAUCAAGAGCAAUAUGUUGAAAAAAAGUUGAAAAACGAAUCGAGGAAUGUGAAAAGUAAGCCAUCAAGCAAAUAUUUGUGAUGAAAUAUUUCUUAGCGUUGAUGCAUAUCAAUUGAUUAUACAGUUAUUAAAAAAAAUCUGUGUGAAAAUGUACAAUUAAAAAUAAUAUAAAAAAAAUUGUGAAUCUCUUCGAAUAAAAAAAAAUGGAGAGAGAGGAGAUGAGGAGAUUUUGAGAUCGCAAUUUUUUUUAAAGGUAAAAAAAAUAUUCAACCAAAAUUCAUCAUGUGACAUUACAUUUACUUUACGUUUAUUUGUAAAUAUUUUUUCUCCAUUAUUUCAUACAUGCAUAUACAUAAUAAUUAUUGUCAUAAAUCUUAAGCUAAAUAAUGCAUCUAUUUUCGAGCAAUCAAAUUUUUAAUUUGAAAUUAAAGUAGAUAAAAAACUUUUAAUAAUUUUUAAGUUUUUUGAUUUUGUUUCUAAUUGUCAAAAAAAAAACAAAAAAAAAGUUGUAAUGAAAACUGAAAGCAAUAAUAAUUUUAUAUGAGUAAGAAAUAUUAAAGAAAAAAAAUCAAUAA